GGCGGGCCCGGGCAGCUAUUGGGGAUGAGCCUCUUCGACCUGUUCCGCGGCUUCCUCGGCCUCCCGGGGUCCCGGAGCCGCAGGGACCCCUUCUUCGGCGGGAUGACCAGGGACGACGACGAUGAGGACGACGAUGAGGAAGAGGACUGGGGAGGGGGUCCCCCCCGGGCCCCCCGGCCCCCCGAGGAGUUCGCCUUCGGGUUCCGCUUCGGGCCCGGCGGCCAGGGAGGGGGGCUGCGUUUCCACGACGGCUUCGACGAGCUCGUCCGAGAUUUCAACCAGAUCUUCAGCGAGAUGGACACCUGGACCCUGCCCGCUCGGCCCCCUGAGCUCCCGGGCGCCGAGGCGGAGCCGGGACCCCCGGGACCCUCAGGAUCCCCGGGCGGCCGGCGGGAGACGCUCCGGGACUCGAUGCUGAAAUACCCCGACAGCCAGCGGCCCCGGAUCUUCGGCGGGGGCGAGGGGCAACGCGGAUCCCCCGGCCCCCAGCCCUUCCGCGGGUUGUUGGACCCCUGGCCAGGCCCCCCACCCUCGGGAGCCCGAGAAGACAAUGAUCUGGACGGCGAGGUCACCGAGGCAGGCCUCGGCCCCCUCCUCAAUCCCCAGCCCGAGUCUUACUACAAGAGCGUGUCUGUCACCACGGUCCUGGCGCCUGACGGGACGGUGGAAGAGCGGCGCACUGUGGUGGACGGCGCAGGGCGGACGGAGACGACCACGGUGACCCGGCGGGGCGGGGACGGAGACGCCCCCGCUGGAGCCCCCCACACCCCAGCCUUGGGUGACGCCCCCUCGGUCUUGGACCUGCUCCUGAGACGCUGGUUUCGGCCGCGCUAGCCUGACUGGACGCACACACCCUCUCUCUCUGUCUCCGGGACCCCCACAUCCUGCCUUUCCUGGGGGGCAGGAGGGGAGAAGCGCCCGCCCCCCGAAUAAAAUCUCUAUUUAUGCAAACA